CAUCGAUCCCCUUUCACAGUGUUCUGUCUUUCUUUCUCAUAAUCACACCUAUCGACUCCGUGAUUAUAACUCCAACUGCCCUUCCUUAACGCUACCUUCCUCCCAGAAUCAGAUCCUUGCCAAAAAAAAACACAUCAUGUCUGGAACUGUUUCUCCUCUCAAUAGCCUUGACGAGUUCCACAAUCUUAUCAAUUCCGGCGAAGUUGUCAUAAUUGACUUUUGGGCCACAUGGUGUGGUCCUUGCCGAGCGAUAAGCCCAGUCUUUGAAAAGCUGGCCUCUGAACCAAAAUUCAGUUCAAUUAAGUUUGUCAAGGUUGAUGUCGAUCAACAGGAGGAUAUAGCUCAGGAAGUUGGAAUCAGAGCCAUGCCAACCUUCAUGGCUUUUAAAAAUGGAAAUAAGAUCGACGAACUCGUGGGCGCUAACCCCGGUGACUUGGCCAAGCUUGUUGAGAGGCAUGCAUGAAUUUUCGGGCCGUGAUUAGAAAUUUACCCCAUCUAGUGGUUAGGCAAGGAAUAUUAGAGAAAACUACAUGAGAUUGUUGGUUCCUGGUCAUAUGUCUAGAUCACCCUCGUGGGCUUUGC